AUGGAGGAGAGCCGAGGACCAUUGGAUGAAAGUGGUGGUACCAUGUCUGACGACGAGGAGGAGGAAGAAGACAUCGACGACUCCGUGCUACACGACAUGGACCACUUCGAGCAGACCUUCAAGAAUAUCAGCCAACGUUAUCGACUGAUCAACCGCAUUGGCGAAGGCACCUUCUCAACGGUCUACAAAGCCGAAGACUUACUAUACGAGCACUAUCAAAACGACUGGGACAUGGACGCCGAAAAGGAAAAUGCCAACACCAACUCAUACAAGUCCUCGAAUGGCAGAUCACACAAGCCACGAUAUGUGGCGAUCAAGAAGAUCUAUGUCACCUCAUCACCGAUCCGCAUCAUGAACGAAUUGGAACUCCUACACGACCUGCGAGACUCACCCAACGUCUGCCCACUCAUCACGGCCUUCCGUCAUCAAGACCAAGUCAUCGCCAUCUUGCCAUUCUUCCAGCACAAGGACUUCAGAGAGUACUACCGCGAGUUCACAGUCUCCGACAUGCGCUUCUAUUUCCACAGCUUGUUCACUGCGAUGCAGUCUGUCCACGAAGCCGAGAUCUUGCAUCGCGACAUCAAGCCGACGAACUUCUUGUACUCGCCGUCACAGCAGAGGGGAGUGCUUGUCGACUUUGGAUUAGCCGAGCGUGAAGGCACAGACUGGGCUCAAUGCACAUGCUGCUUGGACGCUUCUGAGCGAAAUCGGAAGAUCAGUUCCUCGGUAUAUGCCUCAUCGAAAGCGGCGGCGGAGGCUGCGGGCCAACCCAUGCCGAGACCAAGUUACCCGAAGGACGACACUCGCUCCUCUCGCCGCGCCAACAGAGCUGGUACGCGUGGUUUCCGCGCACCAGAGGUGCUUCUGAAGUGCACCGCUCAAUCCUGCGCGAUCGACAUUUGGAGUUGUGGCAUCAUCCUGCUCACAUUCCUCUCCAAGCGCUUUCCGUUCUUCCAGUCCACCGACGACAUCGACGCUUUCCUCGAGCUUUGCACCAUCUUCGGCCGUAACAAGAUGAAGGACACUGCCCUUUUGCAUGGUCAAGUGCUCCAGACCAACAUUCCGAACAUGAGCACCAGCGGUCACAGCCUCGAAAAGAUCAUCCUCUGGUGCAACAACCGCCACCGGGGUGACGACAAGUCGGCGUUGACUGAGGAUGAGCAAGAAGCGGUGGACUUCAUGAAGCGCUGCCUUGAGCUCGACCCGUCGAAGAGAAUCACGGCUCAGCAAGCGCUCGAGCACCCGUGGUUGGCCGGCGAUUCUUUGCUCGGCAGUGAUGAUUAA